AUGUUAGUCCCAGAACAUCAAAACAGAGUUCAACCUUUGCAACCUGGUCUGGUCAGUGUGCCGGUGCACUGCUAGCUAGUACUCUCUCUGUCUCAAGCUUGAAGAAGCAGAGACUCUAAAGAUGGCAGCUCUUUCCUCCAAGGCCGUUGCACUCGUCGCACUCGUCGCACUCGCCUCCCUCCUUGUCACCUAUGUCGCCGCCGGCCCGCCUGUGAGUUACAAUGCUUCCGCCUUCACCGCCGAUCCCAACUGGGAGAACGCAAGGGCCACCUGGUAUGGCGCGCCCACCGGCGCCGGCCCUGACGACGACGGUGGUGCGUGUGGGUUCAAGAACGUGAACCAGUACCCGUUCUCGGCCAUGACCUCGUGCGGCAACGAGCCCCUGUUCAAAGACGGCAAGGGCUGCGGCUCCUGCUACCAGAUAAGAUGCAUCAACGACCAAUCCUGUUCCGGCAGCCCGGAGACUGUGGUCAUCACCGACAUGAACUACUACCCGGUGUCUAAGUACCACUUCGACCUCAGCGGCACGGCGUUCGGCGCCUUGGCCAAGCCCGGCCUCAACGACAAGCUCCGCCACUCCGGCAUCAUCGACAUCCAGUUCAAGAGGGUGCCCUGCAACUUCCCGGGGCUGAAGGUGACCUUCCACGUGGAGCAAGGGUCGAACCCGGUGUACUUCGCUGUGCUGGUGGAGUACGAGGACGGCGACGGGGACGUGGUCCAGGUGGACCUGAUGGAGGCCAACUCGGGCGGCGCGUGGACGCCGAUGCGCGAGUCGUGGGGCUCCAUCUGGCGCCUCGACUCCGGCCACCGCCUCCAGGCGCCCUUCUCCCUCCGCAUCACCAACGAGUCCGGCAAGACGCUCGUCGCCGACAAGGUCAUCCCGGCCAACUGGGCGCCCAGCGCCGUCUACCGCUCCUUCGUCCAGUACAGCGGCUGAGCUGAUACAUCGCCGGCUGCUGGCGUCAGGGUCUUACUGUAUGGUUUUGCAUGGUCUCUUUUAAUUAGGUGAGGCGUCCGGUGUCGGUUUUCAUGUGCUAGACGUCGUUGCAUGCGUGCGUGUGUGUGUGUCUUGUGUGUUCGUGAGAGCACGGGAGAGUGGGAGAUGGAGGAGAGGCGCACGUUAAUUUGCUUGUGCCCUCCCGCGCCUACUCUUUCACUGUACCAGUGUCGUUCAGUCGUCAGUGUGUAACCAGAGCAUAAGUUAUUAAUCACAGUUUCGGUUUGGCAUUACUACUA